CACAAGCUAAACACAGAAGUGGGGUAUAUGUAUUAAGCAGUAGGCACCUACGGGCUAUAUAGGGACCUGAACUCCGAUCUAGCAACACUCAUCAUAACACUAGACCCCACCGACUGCCCUUAUCAUACAACAAAUACCCAUAAGGAUUAAGUGUGCUUACGCCAUAGCCUAACCCUGGGAACGGAGCAAGUCGCAACACGCCCGACGCACGCUUCUAGCUAGUUUCCGACGACGCUGCUGCCUCGCCGUCUACCAACCUAAACCCUCCAAACAACCUCCUUCAACACAUCUGCGCUUACCCCUAUCCAACCACUCCGCACACACCCUACAUCCUACACUUCGCACUUAACAUGGACAAGGCCUCGGACCGCGCACGUGAGGGCGAUCUGUCGUACUUUGAGUCCCUGCCAGCCAACGAGCUCGUACGGCUGUGCAGCCGCAAGGACGGGGACGGGCGGUCGCUGCUGCACAGCGCCGCCGCCAGCGGUUGCCUCGAGCUGUGUCAGCUGCUGGUGGCACGGGGCGGUGCGGCGGCGGUGGUGAACGACGCAGACGAGGAGGGCUGGACGCCGCUCCACUCUGCUGCCAGCUGCGGCCACGAGGCGAUUGCGGGGCUGCUGCUGCAGCUGGGGGCGGAGGUGCGGGCCGCCACCUCGGGGGGGCGCACGCCCCUGCACUACGCGGCCAGCAAGGGCCGCGCCGGUGUGGUGCGGCAGCUGCUGUCCGCGGGCGCCCCGGUGGACGCGGCGGACGGCACCGGCAGCACCCCGCUGCACGGGGCCGCCUCCGCAGGGCGGCUGGAGGCGGCGCAGGCGCUGGUGGAGCAGGGGCGCGCGAGGCUGGACCCGCAGGACAAGACGGGCGCCACUCCGCUGUUCGUGGCGGUGCAGUGCGACCGGGCGCAGCUGGCCAUGUACCUGGCAGCCAGGGGAGCGGGGCUGGAGGUUGCCACCAAGGCGGGUGAGACGCCGCUGUCCAUAGCGGGGGAGAACGCCCCCGCGCUGCGUCAGGCGGCGGCACGGCAGGAGGACGCCAACAUGGCGGAGUAGCGUACCGGUUGCAGCGCGCGGGAGGGGGGGGGCAACAGCGGCAGCAGCAGACCUGCCCUGCGGCUGCUCCUUAGGUCCCCACGGCAGUCGGCAGCACCAGGUCGCGGGCGGUUACGGAGGCGGCUGUCCAUGCGCGGGGCCGCCCAGCGGUUGAGUGGGUCGAGGCGACGGACCAGCGGCGGCCUGCAUUGCAAUGCAAUGCCCCCCUGCCAGUGGCCUACCUACCGCACCUCAGGCAGCAGGCCUUGGGGGCACAGGGCUGGGACUCCGGAGGCCUGGGAUGCUGGAGCAGGCGGGGGCCGACGUCUCAGCUCCAGGGCACGAAGGAGCAGGCGGAAGUGGACGGAGGGAGGCAGAUGCGCCCGGCGCUGAACUCACCUCACCUCCACCUCCAACUGGAGGAGGGGUCCUGGAGGAAGGCCUCGGGGCGUGUGUAGGAUGCCCCUGGCGUGAUAUAGGAUGCGGGUUGGAGUGGAUGCGCGGCGGUGGGGGCACAGCCAUGCAGCAGUGCUCUGCGGUAUGGCGCUGCCCUACGAGGUUAUAGCAGCUUCGCAUGCAAGCAGGAGGUUGUUCGCUACACUGUGCAGGACAGGCUGACAGGUGCAGCACUGCAGGAAUGGUGUGAUCACUGGGCCGCAUACCGGUAGGCGGGGCGAACUAGCCCAUGUCUGUUGCAUGGCUAAGCUCCAUAGCACUUGCUGAGCUAGGGCACUAUCGUGCUUGGCAUAGGGGCACACGCGUGCACUGCGAACAAAGGGCGUGGGCAGUAAAGUAUGGGUAGGCAAACUGGAACGCCGACCCACGGGUCCUUGGUCGCUGUCGCGA